AUGGCUUCGUCCGGCAAUCCCUCCGCCGUCAGGGACAAUCGUCUGGUGCCUCUCAUCACGCCUCGCGCAGCUGCAACACCCAUACGUCGUGGAACGAGUGCCGAGCCUCCGUCAGGUCGACUGUCAGUUUCCACCCGGCGCAAUCCAGCCGCAACACCGCAUGGGCGCGCUGCCAUCCGCGCCCGCGACCAACGGCGUGCCGCACUGUUCACACCUGGACGUGCCCGACGGCAAAGCUUGCGCGAACAACGUGAGACGCCUCGGGAUCUCCUCCGAAAUCUCAGUCGCAAGCUUGCACCAACGUCUACUGCUAUCGACUCCUCAUCUUCCCCCGAUCCCAAUGCGGACUCGACCCUGAGUGCGUUGGCGGAAGGAGGCGAGGAUGAUGAUGACGACGAGUUUCCAAUCGAGCGACCGCGCUUCUCCUUACCCCUGGACGGCGACGACGAUGAAGACAGUGAAUUGAAGCCUCACCGGUCUAGUGGACUAGAGGAUCUCGACAACUACACCGCGCAGUCGAUCGAGCUACCGCGCCGGGCCUGGAGUGAAGGACCAAGUAGGCUCGAUAGAGGUAGUCUUGGAAGUGUACGCUUUAGUGACUACGCGGGGCCGGAGCUGAGGAGUGAUGAUGUGGGUAUUGAUUCGGGCUUCUUCCCACCGCCUGCUAUGGAUGACUACGAUGACGACGAUGAAGGCGACGCAUUUGAUCGUUUGAGUUCCGAGGAGAUGAGGCGCCAGACGGUGGGACGGGAAAGUGAUUUCGGGCUGAUUGAGGUACCCGAAGGUGAAGCAGGGAACGAGAGCACAUUUUUCAUGGCGCCGGUGGAAUCACCAGUCCGGAACUCAAUGGGCCUAGACGGUAUCGCAGAAAACGACCUGCCGGAAAGUGAGGACGAGGAAGGCCCCACUGCCAUGUCUGGAAUUUAUGAUGAUUAUCAAAACAUGGACGAGACGAUGCCAUCACGCGUGGCCGAGAUAUCAGUCAAGCGGCCAAAACAGCUGAAGAAGAACGGCAAGAAGAUUUCCAAACAUGGUAUCGAGUAUUCUUCUCUACCACAAGGAGUUGUGAAAAAGCUUGUGACAAUAUUUGCCAAGCAAGCUGGAGUUGGCAAGGCCAAAAUAGGACCUGACACGAUGGCGGCCAUGAUGCAAGCAAGUGACUGGUUCUUUGAGCAGCUCGGGGAUGACCUAGCGGCAUAUUCCAAACACGCGGGGCGCAAGACAAUCGACGAGAGCGACAUGAUUACUCUCCUGCGAAGGUAUGUUGCAGUUUCUUUUUCAUCCUUGUAUUACAGAGGGUGUAUGAUCCUCAUAAUGUACAGUUGCAUCAUCUGA